AUGGGGAAGCUGAGACUUCCUCCCGCUGCGUUUGCCGUCUCCGAGGCUGUGAGUUCAGCAAGCAGCUUGAUUUCACAGCGGGCCUUGUCAGCUGGAGGACAACCCGGUGUUGCUCAAUUAACUAACACUUGUUUUUUCCCCGCUGCGCACAAAGAUCCAGACUCCUUCCUGAAGUCGGCUCGCCUGCAGCGCCUGCCCUCGUCCUCCUCGGAGAUGGGCAGCCAGGACGCGUCCCCUCUUCAGGAGACGAGCAAGGACCCUUUCUCUGGGGACUGCAGCUGCCGGCAGGACGGGCUAACCGUCAUCAUCACCGCCUGCCUCACCUUUGCCACGGGCGUCACCGUGGCCUUGAUCAUGCAGAUCUACUUCGGGGACCCACAGAUCUUCCAUAGGGGCGCUGUGGUCACGGACGCUGCCCGCUGCACAGCCCUGGGCAUAGAGGUGCUCAACAAGCAGGGCUCCUCAGUAGACGCAGCCAUCGCCUCGGCCCUCUGCGCGGGAGUAGUCAACCCGCACACGUCAGGGAUCGGUGGGGGUGGGGUGAUGCUGGUCCACGACAUCCGUAAGAACAAGAGCGAGGUGAUUGAUUUCCGUGAAACGGCUCCCCUGGGCAUCCCUGAGGAGGAGAGUCUGCAGAAGGCCUUGGACACCAGGCUAGGUCUCCUCGUGGGGGUGCCGGGCAUGAUACACGGAAUGCAUCGGGCACACCAGUUAUAUGGGAGACUCCCAUGGUCCGAGCUGCUGAACCUUGUUGCUGGUGUUGCCCAGAACGGGUUCAAUGUCACGCAUGAUCUGGCCAAAGCUGUAAGUGAGCUGAAGGACGUGAACUAUUCUGACAAGUUUCGGGAGACCUUCCUGCCAGACGGGCAGCCCUUACUGCCUGGCAUGUUCGUGAGGCGGCUGGACCUCGCGGCUCUUCUGGAGAUGCUCGGAGCGGAGGGAGCUGCAGCUUUCUACAGCGGCAACUUGACACAGGAGAUGAUCUCUGAGGUCCACAGCUAUGGAGGGGUCCUGAUGGAGGAAGACUUCAGUAACUACAGUGCCCUGCUGGAGAACCCAGUCCACACGGUAUAUCGAGGUCAUCUGGUCUUCAGUCCCCCACCUCCCCAUGCAGGCCCUGCACUAAUGACUGCACUGAAUAUCCUUGAGGGCUUUAACAUCACCAAUCGAGCAUCCAGGGGGAAUAUGCUGCACUGGAUGGCAGAGACAUUAAAAAUAGCCUUGAGCCUAGCUAGCAACUUGGGCGACCCAACUGAUGAUGUGUCUGUCACUCAUGCUGCAGAAGGCAUGCUCAGUAAAUCAGAAGCUAAUACCCUGCGACAGCUGAUUAACGACUCCCAGUCCUUCUCCUCUGAUCCCCACAUGCCUCACUUUUCCACGGAGAGCGGACCAUCUGCUAGCCAGGUCCUUGUCAUGGGACCUGAUGAUUUCAUCGUUGCAGCUGUAAGUUCCUUGAAUCGUCCGUUUGGCAGUGGAAUAAUAACACCCUCUGGAAUCCUUCUGAACAGUCAGAUGCUGGACUUCUCCUGGCAAAAUAAAACAACGAACCACUCCUUUCCCAGGCUGCAAAAUCUUGUGCAGCCUCGGAAACGGCCCCUGUCUUUCUUGCUGCCCACCAUUGUGAGACCGUCGGAGGGGAUGUGCGGGACGUACCUUUGCCUGGGAGGCAGCAACGGGGACAAGGCCUUGAGCAGCAUCGUGCAGGUUUUAGUAAAUGUUUUAACAUUUAACAAGAAUCUGAGCGAAAGUUUGUCACUUGGCCGACUUCAUCCAGAGCUUCAGUCCAACACCUUGCAGGUUGACAGUGAAUUUCCUCAAGAAGAUAUUGAACUGCUUGAAGCCAGGGGCCAUCAAGUGGAGAAAGUCAAAGUGGUCUCCCUAGUUCAUGGGGCCAGGAGAACCAACAGUUUCAUCAUUGGCCUGAAGGACCCCCGGAGCGUGGACGCUGCAGGAGCCACAGUACUGUAGCAACUGCCAGACAGUGUCUUCACCAAACAAGGCUUUAGACAAAUCCACACCAGUGAUGUGCAUGUUCUGAGCGGGCCCCCAGAGAAUGAAGAAUCUCUGGAGAAUGAAUAAGUAUCACAACCGAUUGCUGCAUCAUCUUGUUCAAUCCACAUUUUCAAUCAAUUUUUACUAGUAAGGUAGAGACAACUAGCACUACGAAGUUUUUGGAGUGGGCCCGCUGUGUCACACUGCUGAGCAGCACCUCCGCAUUCCCCACCCUGGCAGCACAAGUGUGGUCAGGAGAGCAAAUACAGAGCCCUGAUUUUUCUUUUUCAAUAACUGCGUUGCAAGCAGCUCAGUCUUUGUUAUAGAAAUGCAGGGCACACACUUCUUUUUUGGCAGUCUCGUUAAUAAUUUCGCUCAUUUCAAAAGCCCAGUUUUAGCCAGCAUCUUAAUUUUAAGGAGCAGGAACAUUUGCAAAGGAAGCAAUGACAGGAACAAAUUGCUGCUGAUGCUACUGUGAACUUCAUCUCCAUUUCUUCCCCAGGUUUAUUCUCUGCCUCUUGCAGAGGUCAAUAACUAAUACAGCCAGACUAAGGCAGUGCUUGCAGGGGCCUGAAGGGGGAAUAUCCAGCAGGGAUACCCAGAGCA